ACAUCAAUCUUUUCAACAUGCAACGCUUCUUGUGGCUCGCGCUGCUGUUGCUUUCGACACUGGGCGUCUGCGCUGAGGAAUCCCCCGCAUUGGCUCCCACUGGCGAUAGCGAUGCUGCUUUGUUGAGGUCUGGCCAGCAGUUCGAAGAGUUCGUGGAGAAUGCGACGCUGUCCGCCGCCUUGUCGGGUUGCGGCCUCUGCCAACAAACCGGUCAGUGCGACCAUGCGUUCCGUGGCCAACCAGGCCAGUUCUGCAUCGGUAUGGCGUCGGGUGCGCCGUGCUGCUGUCCAAGGGACGCACAGUGCGCCGCCAGUCCGUACGAAUGCCGCUGCCGCCGUGUGGUUCCCACCUAUCACUACGGAGGCGAUGACUACCAUCCGAGCUCACACUCGGGCGGUGUAUCUGGUACCUUCAUCUUCUUCGCAUUGCUGCUGCUAUGCUGCGUGUGCUGUUGCUACCUUCCGGCGCGUCGUGCGCAGCAGGAGAGAGAGGAACAGUAUGUGUACGCGCAGCCAGUUGCUACCAGCCAAUACGGCACUUACCCGGGCCAACAACAGCAGGCUCCUUAUGCCUACGCGUCGGCGCCCGUGGCGUAUGAAUCGUCUCCGUACCACGAGAGUGGUGGCGGUGGUAACACGAUGGCAGCGGGUGCACUCGGAGCGCUGGGAGGCCUGGGCGUCGGAGCCGCAUUGGGCUCCAUGUACGGUGGCCACAAUAACAGCAACAACUACAGUGGAUACAGUGGCGAUGUGGGUGGCGUUUCCAACAACACGUACACUUUCAGCGGAGACACUGGUGGAGAUUUUGGUGGAGAUGGCGGCGACGACGGCACCUUUGCGGGCGAUUCGUGAAGGCAAAGUAGGAGUGAUACGGUGGUGUUGUGUUGAUAUCCUCAGAUGAGAAGUAUCAUUCUCACGUCGUGCUCAACGGCUACAAUCCUAACAACAAUAAAUUGUAGCAGUGUUUAACUGUUGGGAUGCUGAGUUUGAGAUACUACUCCCAAGGAUGUUACUGGGACGGCAUAUCCAGAUGCCUCAUGCGCGCUUUAUCAAAGUUCGGAUACGCUGACAAGCAAUAACAAUUGAGUUUCUCAAACUCUCGAUGGAUGGCAGCACAAAACACCGAAUGCUUCAAGACAUAGCUACGAGAAAAGCAUAUCAACGGCAGGGAAACCGCCCCAGUGACACGACCAACCCGAAGACCGGACCAUCACCGGCUAAUCCUCAUGGCUCCGUUGCUGUAGAAACACGCGCAUCGCUAUCAAACACAAGCAACUCGUAGAUAUAUUUUCGGUUU